AAAAACAAACCGUACUUCUUAGACAACACAAGCGUUACUUUUCUCCACUUUUUUUUUUCAUCUUCGUACUUUCUCGGACUGUAAUCUCCCAGUCCGGACUAGCCCAUCACGAACUCAGAAAAAAGACUCCUCAAUAGCUUAUUCAAUAAGCGAGGCUUCCCUCCUUGGCUUGCCUGAAUCUGCUGACCGCUUUCUCUGGUGAACUGCUGCAUCUAAUUUUCCCUGUCUUAAUUAUUUGAUUCUUCUUUCUUAUCUUUUUGCCUACCCAUUUUUCAAUGCACACCGAGCAACUCGAAACCGUGGUUCUCAACCAACCUUGUGACGCCAAGGUGUUCAAGAAUCCGCCGUCCCCUGAACUGUGCGUAUACAAUCGUCCAGUCAGAGACAUCAUUAAACAGAAACUGGACGCCAUCACAGCUUCUAAAUGGGAAACCGACCAGGAGAACGCUUUCUUCGUUGGUGACCUCGGCGAAGUGUACCGCCAACAUCUGCGCUGGCAAGCCUUGCUGCCUCGCAUUCAACCCUUCUUUGCCGUCAAAUCGAACCCUGAUCCAAUGGUCGUCAAGUUGCUGGCUUCGCUGGGUCUUGGCUUUGAUUGCGCUAGCAAGUCGGAAAUUCAGCAAGUGCUUGAUGUGUGUGGUGAUCCCACACGCAUCAUCUACGCCAAUCCUUGCAAGCAGGCAUCGUUUAUCCGUUACGCGGCUCAACAGAAUGUGGCCAAGAUGACCUUUGAUAACGCGGAAGAGCUUCAUAAGAUCAAGAUGUUGUACCCCAACGCUGAAUUGGUCUUGCGUAUUCUGACGGAUGACUCCAAAUCUCUUUGUCAACUUGGUCUCAAGUUUGGUGCUCCUUUGGACACGGUCGAGCAUUUGUUGCAGACCGCAAAAGAUCUGGAACUUAAUGUCAUUGGCGUCAGCUUCCAUGUCGGUAGCGGAUGUUUAGACGAGCAUGCUUUCUCUGACGCUGUGCUUCGUGCACGUCGUGUCUUUGACCAGGGUCAAGCGAUGGGUUUCAAUUUUACCUUGCUCGACGUCGGUGGCGGAUUCCCCGGAGCCGAUAUCCAAGAUGGUAUUACCUUUGAAAAGGUCGCGGCCGUGCUUGGUCCUGCUGUCGACCAACUGUUCCCUCCCGAAGUCCGUGUUAUUGCUGAACCGGGUCGUUAUUUCGUCUCUUCGGCCUUUACCAUCUGCACUCAUGUCAUUGGUCGUCGUACCGUUCAAACUGAAGUCGACGAAAAUGCUAGCUAUAUGUACUAUGUGAACGAUGGUAUGUACGGCUCUUUCAACUGCAUCCUUUUUGAUCAUCAGGUCGUACAGCCCAAAGUGUUGCGCAAGGGUGACACUUACAUGUAUGGAGAAAAGGUGGAAUCGCCCGAAUUUACCUGCAGUGUCUGGGGCCCCACCUGCGAUUCGAUCGAUUGUCUUACCAAUGCUUCGCGUCUUCCUUUGUUGGAAGAAGGCGAUUGGAUGUACUGGGAGAACAUGGGCGCCUAUACCAUUUGUGCCGCCUCUCAAUUCAAUGGAUUCAAAAAGUCGGAUGUCGUCUACACAAAUACCUAUUGUUAGACCCUAAAACAUUUACCGUUUUUACAAAAAAUAAAAGAGACAUCGAUUCCAUGGUUGUUAUUCAAAUCUUAUUUACUCUUGUUACAUUUCCGUCAAAACAUUUCUCGUAAGAACAAGAAGGUGAUGAUCG